AAUAUUUUUAGAUGGAAGUGACAGCUCUUUAGUUCGUAACACGUGGUAUUAGAGGCAGAAAUGGACAGCGAUUCUUCAAGUCAACCGGUCAGUACGCAACUUAACCUCACAACGGAUUCAGAGUUCUACAAGGAUUGGAAACAUGAGUAUCGCCAAGAUACAGAAAACGCCAUCCUCAAUUCCGAUUAUGGGACCGACUCUAUCCUGGCUUGGAUAACGAAAACAGUCUCGAAUCUUUGUGACCACUUCCAGCUGUCUCACAGUAUCGAAUUCUCAACCAUAGACACGUUUGAGCAGCUGCUCAUAAAGGUAAUCAAGAACGGAGAAGAAUCGGAGCUAGCUAAAAAGUUCCUGAACAACAUUGUUCCCAACCUGAUGACCGUAUUGAGCUUGGUUAGUAAACAUUUUGAUUCUCGUACUGGUAUGGAUCGAAGUUUGAUGACGUCAUUACUUAAAAAACAUAACCCCUACUUCGACUUGUCUAACCAUGCAAUGUUGACAAUGGAGUUUGACGUGCUGAAGGCGUUGAACCAUAAGAUAACUUCUUCCCUGCUGCUAGGCGCAGUCGAGCGAUUCACUAAAGACUACAUACUAACAUUGGGCCUCGCAAGGAAACACCACAUCGGACGCGUUGGUGCUAAAUUGAUUCGGACCGUUUAUGCCUGCAAACUGGAAAUAUACGCCAGCCUGAAACCGCUUAUGAAGUCCGACGAAAUGUUCGUAAGAUUCAAAGCCAACAAGCUCAUACUGGCAGCUGCGAUUGUAGCCGCCAUUCCGUUCUGCUGUGGAUUGCAAAUUGAACCGGCCCAACAGGACCGCAUUGUCAAGCCGCUGUCAAACGACUGCUUCGUCGAACCAUCAAACAUAAUCUUCCUGCGGGACGCCAUUCUCAAAGUUGUGGCACCUGGCCGAUAGAAUUUGGUUUUAUUUUCAUUUUAUUUUUUGCUCAGAGCAAAACAG